CGCUCCACCUGUGAGCCGUAUGUUGUACAGUGAAUGCGAAACCGCGUGCUGCUGGCGUCAGGCUCACAGCGUCAAAAGUGUCCCUCGUGGUGGAAACGACACGAGGAGAUGCGUUUUGAACGGGGGGGGAACGUCUCGGGGCCGCCGCUGUGCUGCGCCGGCGAGAAACGGACGCUCGCUGCUCUCUGACUGACUCCUCCCUGCCUGACCAUCUGUGACGGCGUUUGAGAUCAGGUGCGUUUUUCCGCGCGACGGUCGCCGGCUGCGAGGCGGGCCCCCGCGCGCACCACGCUGCACGCCCGGCUCGAGCAACGACGUCAGUCACGAGGCGAAAGAAGAAAUCUCAGGUACUAGUCCUCUACCGGGAAGCCACAGUCCCAUCGUUUGUGCUGUCAAAACAGGAGGAAAGGAGAGUAAGGAGGAGAAGAAGUGGACGUCAUUCACCUGCAGCGCAAGUGCUGGCGUAGUCCUCUGAAAGACCAUGCGCUAAUUCGACAGGAGGUGGAAGCCGAACCAAGCUAGACCCCUCUCCUUCCUGCCCUGACCCUGCUCCAUCUCCUCCGAGGUGGUGAUGAUGCCCCUGGGUGCCUUGUGACCAGGGGGUGGGAAAGAUGCGCCCGUGGACGGGCUCCUGGCGUUGGGUGAUGCUGGUCCUGCUGGCUUGGGGGACGCUUCUCUUCUACAUCGGCGGCCACCUGGUCCGUGACAGCGAGCACCCCGAGCGCUCCAGCCGAGAGCUCUCCAGGAUCCUGGCCAAGCUGGAGCGCCUCAAGCAGCAGAACGAGGACCUGCGGAGGAUGGCUGAAUCCCUCAGGAUACCGGAGGGACAGGUGGAUGUGGGACCGGCCGCAGCAGGGCGCCUUCGCACCUUAGAGGCGGAACUGACCCGAGCUAAGGAGCAGAUCGACAGCUUCCGCAGGCAGUCUGGAGGCGCGGGCCCAGGCAAAGAGCACGAGGUCCUGCGAAGGAAGGUGGAGAAUGGCGUUAAGGAGCUAUGGUACUUUGUGCGCAGCGAGGUGAAGAAGCUGAGCGGGGUGGAUCCAGCAGACCUGCAGAGGCACAGCGCUGUCCUGCUCGAGGACCUGGGCACCCAGCAGAGGUCCAUCGUGACGGACCUGUAUUACCUCAGCCGGGCGGAUGGUGCUGGAGACUGGAGGGAGAGGGAGGCGAAAGAGCUGUCGGAUCUGGUGCAGAACCGGAUCACCUUCCUGCAGAACCCACCGGACUGCAGCAAGGCACGGAAGCUCGUGUGCAAUAUCAACAAGGGCUGCGGCUACGGCUGCCAGCUACACCACGUGGUCUACUGCUUCAUGAUCGCCUAUGGCACGCAGCGCACCCUCAUCCUCGAGUCCCACAACUGGCGCUACGCCCCCGGGGGCUGGGAGACCGUCUUCCGGCCCGUCAGCGACACCUGCGUGGACCGGACGGGCGCCUCCACGGGGCACUGGUCAGGGGAGGACCACGACCGCGAUGUCCAGGUGGUGGAGCUGCCCAUCGUGGACAGCCUGCACCCUCGGCCACCUUACCUGCCCCUGGCGAUCCCCGAGGACCUGGCCGACCGCUUGCACCGUCUCCACGGCGACCCCUCCGUCUGGUGGGUCUCGCAGUUCGUCAAGUACCUGGUGCGCCCGCAGGCCUGGCUGGAGAAGGAGAUCCAGCAGACCACCGCCAAGCUGGGCUUCAAGCACCCCAUCGUUGGAGUGCAUGUGCGCCGCACUGAUAAGGUGGGCACGGAGGCGGCGUUCCACUCCAUCGAGGAGUACAUGGUGCACGUGGAGGAGCACUUCCAGACCCUGGCUCAGCGCAUGCCCGUGGACAAGAAGCGCGUCUACCUGGCCACAGACGACCCAUCUCUCCUGCAGGAGGCCAAAGCCAAGUACCAGGAUUACGAAUUCAUCAGCGACAACUCAAUCUCCUGGUCCGCCGGACUGCACAACCGCUACACGGAGAACUCCCUGAGGGGCGUGAUCCUGGACAUCCACUUCCUGUCCCAGACCAACUUCUUGGUCUGCACGUUCUCGUCUCAGGUGUGUCGCGUGGCCUACGAGAUCAUGCAGACGCUGCACCCAGAUGCCUCCUCCUUCUUCUACUCGCUCGACGACAUUUACUACUUCGGCGGCCAGAACGCCCACAACCAGAUAGCCAUAUACCCACACCAGCCGCGCAACGCCGACGACAUCCCGCUGGAGCCCGGAGAUGUCAUCGGGGUGGCCGGAAACCACUGGGACGGCUACUCCAAGGGCGUGAACCGGAAGACGGGCCGGACAGGCCUCUACCCAUCCUACAAAGUGAAGGAAAAAAUCGAGACAGUGAAAUACCCCACGUACCCCGAGGCAGACAAACUGCUGCAUCUUUAGGCAGCCGAGACACUUGAAUCCGGACAGGAAGGAGAGGGACUCAUAGGGGAGGAGGUUUGCACUGCGCUUGUGUGUGUGCGUGUGUGCGUGCGUGUGCGUGCACGCACGCGAGUGUGUGUUGACAGGGUGUCCUACUAGUCGUGGGACCCCGUCCAGGCUGCUUACUCCCCUGCAGUCCCUGACCCUGGUGCCCUCCAGCAACGCCAUCAGGGUUUUGAAAAAAACGAAUAAACAAGAGACGUGGAAAAUGGAGCGGACUGAUCUCUUGUUUAAUGAAGGGAUUGCUGUCACAACUGUUUUAUUUAACAAAGCAAACCAUCUGAUGAUGGGUGGGGGGGGGAUGCGCUCCCGACUGGAAAAUGACUUUCCAUCUUUUCGCGUGCUUUUCUUUGUUCCCGUGCUCGCCGACUGAAUCUUCCUACCCAGCCAGACUCAUCCCUUUCCUCUCGCCCUCUUCCCAGCCGCCGACAUUCACUCCGCCUUACCUCAGAGUCUUCAUCAAAACGUGUCCGUUCGCUCGCUAUUAAUUUAUACAGAAUCGUGUUUCCGGUAGGUGAUUUCAGCUUCUUGAUUUGGUGCAUUUCUGCGGGUGCGCGCGCGCGUAUGAGUCCCUACUACGGUGCCUACGGAAGGAAGUUGCUUCUCCUCUUCUUUGGUGGACUGAAAAGGAAGCAGCGCUGACAGUGAAGUUGACUUUACCGGACUCAACACGGUACCGCGCUCCCGCCCCGACUCUGGGCGCAGAGGACGACUGAACCGCACAGAAGGUGUUUUGUCAUACUUAAUUCUUUGUUCAUUCAUGUUUGUUUGUUUGUUUUGUUUUUUUUUUUAAUAUGCUGUACAAAUGGAAAAAAAACCACUGACAUUGAAAAUAAUGAUGACAAUAAAGAUGAUAACGGUCAUGAGAGGUUUUACUCAAUCGUAAAGAGAUUUUCAUAAUUUACAUAUCUGGGGGCUGUCUUUGAUAAGAGCCAAUGUAAAUAAACCUGAGAAACCAAUCCAGGGUGCAUGGUUUCACGGAUGGGAAAGUAAAGCAGCGCCCCAGCGACGCGCCCCAGCCAAAGGGGUGGGCGGUGGGUGGAGCCGCAGGGAGGAGCCGAGUCCCAGCAUGCUUAGCGGCAGCCUCGAGAGAACCGGACAG